AUGUCCAACUUAUACAGUAGUUUUUUCUCAAAGAAAAACACAAAUGAUGUACCUGCUGCAAACGUGUAUGCCUCACAACAACAACAACAACAAUUACAGUCAGAUAAAGGAGGAUCCAUCGAUCAUCACUGUGAAGGGCAAGGUGAUAUGCGCGAUGCCUAUAAAGUUGGUGCUGCCUUGGCAAAAGAAAAUCUUUCUGAACAAGAACAAAAAUUAAUCAACGAAAUGGCUGAUGAUACCGUUAUAGUAGUACCAGGAACGUACGAUCAUAUUCAUCAAGUAUUAGAAAAUCUUAAUAUUAAAUUUAAAACCGUUACGCAACACGAUCUUUUAACAUAUCCAUUACGUGAAGAACAAACGGUGUAUGUCAAUUGUGCAAGUUCAUUUCCACCAGACGUUGCUCAUCAUUUAAGAAAAUUUGUUGAAAAUGGUGGGCAGUUAAUCACAACUGAUUGGGCUUUGGCUAAUGUUUUACAAAUUGCAUUUCCUGAAAAAGUACGACACAAUGGUACUACUACUGGCGAUGAAGUUGUGGGUAUACAAGUAGCCGAUCCGAAUAAUCAUUUAGUCAAAGGAUUUUUGCCAGCAGCAAAACUAGCCGAGCCUCUAUGGUGGUUAGAAUCAUCCAGUUAUCCAAUUGAAAUUAUUGAUAAGCAAAAUGUUCGAGUGUUGAUUCGAUCAAAAGAAUUAGGAGAAAAAUAUGAAUCGGACGCUGUUUUGAUUACAUUCGACUGUGGUAAAGGUAAUGUUAUUCAUAUGAUAUCACAUUUUUAUUUGCAACGAACAGAAACAAGAGAUCAACGACAUCAAAUGUCAGCUGAGCAAUUUGCAACGGAUGUAAAUGCUUCAGAAGGCGUUAAAUUAUUAUCAAAACAAGCAAAAAAUUUAAAUUAUGCUCAAGUUCAAUCAACAGCCACAUCAUCUGCGUUCAUUUACAAUCAUCUAGCUGAAAGAUUAACAAAAUAUAAAUCAUAA